UACCGAAUCCGCAAAAAAAGAAGAGCGUUGUGCUGGAGAAAGUCCCACUUCUUGCCCUGCCGGCCGCUGCUUGGCACGGGUAUUGUUUUAUCUGCGCGCUCGGAACGUGCAAGUACUAGUAGUAGUAGCACGUAACGACUACGUUGAUCCUGAUUAGUGUCUUCUCUCAAGUAAAUCCAUCGCCCAGGCCCCUCACUCAGGUCCCUGUUACCCUGGGCCUGGAGACACGCUUUGCUGACGCCACGGUCUCCUUGCAGCCGGGCUGGCUUAGAGUUGGUCGCAGGAGGAGGGCGCGGAGGCGGUCAUCAUGGAGCAGGACGAGGAGGGGGUCGCCAUGGAGGAGGAGCAGGACGCGGAGGCGGUCCAUAUGGAGGAGGAGCAGGAGCUGCAGCUAGGAGGAAUCGCGAUCAGCGCGACGCCAAUGAGCACUGGGGACAACGUGCAUAUGAACAUCCGUCGCAAUGCUCAGGGCGAAGCUGGACCAUGCAUCAUCGAAGUCGGAGCUAUUGACAGCCAGCUGCUGGAGGACAAACAUGUCAGGAAUGGCAACAUCAAUAGCCACGUGAAAGGUGUGUGGAGCGUGACCGCCACCACGACUUUUGUCAACGGUACCCCGAGCCCCCAGAUUGAAAAUGGGCUUGUCAAGAAGCUACAAGUUCGUGAUACGCUGUCGAUAGAAUUGACCGGAGACCGAAGGCUGAGGCUGCAGCGGCAUUCUGCCAACGAUUCCGAUACGUUUGUUUUCCCGGAGCCGAUCACGGCAGAUGUCCAUUUCUUCGUCGGAGUGCACAGUGGCGUGACGGUUUCGCUGGUCGACCAGCCGCAUGCUGACGAGUCAGAGUUGGAACCUGGCCCGCGGACUGAUCUUCAGGAAGUCGAGAAGGCUCAGCAAGAAGCAGCCAACCGAGGCGGAACCACAACCAUUCGCUUCCUGCACGUGGCUAUCCUCGGAGCAGCCCGCGUCGGGAAGACUAGCCUGCUGAAUGCACUCAUGGAUAAGGAUCACAACAAAGACGAACUCAGCACACCAGGCAUGCGCACGUCGUAUGCUACCACCGAGGUCUCCCGAGAGAGACGGUUUGUGGAAUGCGACGAUAUAUCGCAAGCCAUGAAUCAGCUCUACAUCACCACUAUGCUGCGCACGUUUUCUGUUGUGGCAGACCGCAACAAGGAGGAUGAGAGGCAAGUAGAAACGAGUGCAGCAAAGGCCAACACGGAUGUGCCCGAAGCUGCUGAGGUUGUGGAUGAAAAAGAUGGAGCACCUGAUGUCAGUCAGCCGAAGCCUGUCGAGCAGCCGUCUGACAAGCAACUAUUUCGCAAUGCAAUCCACGAGACGGUCGCCGACUUUCUCAAGCGUAACAUGGGUUUCAUUCAUGAGCAAGCAAACAGGCCCGACUACACUGUCGUCACCUUCCGUGACCUUGGCGGGCAGCAGGUCUACCAGUCUGUGCAGCCUCUCUUCAUGUCGAAGAACACCACGUUCAUUGCUGCGUACAACUCAUCUCAAGAUCUCCUGGAGAGGCUGCCUAAGAUGGAGGAGACCCGCGUUGGCAAGGAGGAGUACGUCGAGCGAACCACUCUACCCUCGGAUGCAACUCGACUGGACCAGCUACUAUCCUGGCUUGACAUGCUUCUGCUCCAUGCCAAAGCCGACACUGAAGAAAGUACUACGGAUGAUGUGCUCAUGGUUGGCUGCCAGAGUGACGUGUUGCUGAAGACCAAACUGAAAGAUCCACGCAAGCUACUCCAGCAGAAGAUCAAGAACUCGCCCUACGAGUCCUUGGUGUAUAACGACGAGUCACACUUUAUCAUCGAUAGCACCAGGUUCACCGCAGGUGAGGGUACUCAUCCCGAAGAGCUGCAGCGCCUAAGAAAAACCAUCAUCGACCGCUGUGCAGAGAGCGAACGUGCUAUCCCACUCCCAUGGCUGCGCUUCUGUAUUGCCAUCCACAUGCUGAAGAAGGCGGUUCCGAUGCCGUGGGUUUCCUACGAGGAAGCCACGUUUGUGGCCAAGUCAAUUGAUGCCAUUGACGUCAACGGUGAUGUUGAGCGGCAGAUGAAGCAUCUACUGCAGUACUGCCACGAAGCCGGCCACCUGGCGUACUUCCCUACGUUCACGCUGGAAGGCACCGUCAUCCUCGAUCCACAGUUUGUUUUGGACUGUGUUAGUGGCCUUGUGUACCCGGUGUUUGAUAAGUCAAUCAAGCCUGUUGACCGACGCCAGUGCUGCAAAGGUUUCAUGACGGACUCACAAGCCCGCGUUGUGCUCGACCAGAAGUUUCGUCGGGAGCCAGAAUCGCGGAGUUCCAUGAUGUGGUACGCAGUAAAAUCUAGCUGCGACGAAUUCCGUCUCAUCUUUGAGAUCCUGGAAGAGCUCUCAGUACUGGCCAUUGUUGACCGGAGCAGCCCCGCAACCAGUGCCAAGAGCGAGUUCAUAGUGCCAGCGAUCAUCAAGGAUGAUCCUGAGCAGGCAAAGGAGCUCAAGUGCAGGUCACAAUGCGCUUAUGUCUGCCUACAGCGCACUGGUGACGUUGCCGUUCAGGAUAAGUUCAUGCACUUUCCUGUCUUCCUGUACUGGCAGUGUGUGGUCGAAGCGCUGCUGAGAUCCCCCAAUCGAGCGGCCAGCACACUGUCGCUGUGCAGCGUGCGUCUGUACUGGAACCGGAACGACUGGCCGUGGCUACACAUCUGCUACACACGGAGUGGCCUGCAGCUGUACCUGGAGGGUAAACCACGCAGUGCCAAUGACACCAGCGGGAAGACAACGCUGGAUGCCGUCAAAGAGAUCGUCACCGCUGUGCUAGACAAGUGGAAGCUGGUCGCGCAGCCAGUCAGCUCUCUGCCGUGUCCUUGUGGAAAACAGCUUGCCGACAGCAACUGCUUGCUACAUGGCCUGCCAAACUGCACAAUACCAAGCUGUGCACACGCGCUGCUGAACGUGGUUGAUGGCGAGUUUCCCAUGUGUCCUCUGGAUAGGACGAUGGUUGAAAUUCGAGACCAGGCCAUGUUCUGGCUGGGUCUAGAUCAGAUCGAGAAAAAGCUGUGGGCAGCGAAAGGACAAAGCACCGCAGCAUCGCAGGAGUGGGUGAACUUCAAGGCCCUCAGCAACCUUGAGCGAAGGAAUAGGCUGAAUCGCAUCCGUGAUGUUGUGGCCGUGGCCGUCAAACCUGUGCAUGACAUUGGAUUUCACCUUUUGGCAGCACAGUUCCCGGACUGUCCGGAAGGCCCGAAGGCGGCGAUCGUGGACAAAGCCCAUCCGGAGACCAGCCCAUUUUGCUUGUUCGAUGCUGUGACUCAGCUAUGGAGCGACCUCUGCGAGGCAAUGGGCGGCGAAGACAUGUACAAGGCUGUGGAGCGUGCGAAUGGGGUUGGAAAGGCGGAGGACAUCAAGAGAUUCUGCCUCGUCUCCAUGGAAGUUUCAAGUGCAUGUACAGGUGCAGCUGCCCAAAGCCAGUAGUCUCUCUCCUGCAAGUUGCACCGUCACCAUGGUGUCGUCGACCGCCCGCACCUCCUGGUCGCAAGUGCUCGUCGACGCCAGGUUGGUGCUUGCACAAGUCAUGUUUGCUGCAGGUGGUAGACAUGGGGGUGCUGCUUACUAGCCAGCACAUCGUGUCUUCUCUCCUCUCUUAUCUCUUUUGUACAAAUUCAUCACUGGUAGUGGACUCCUAGUGCAAGAACGGCACAUGCUCGAGACUAGUCCCGUAAUAUUUCUCUGCUGCCGUCGGUUUGACAGCGUCUGCUCCCCACGAAAUCUACUUCAGUACAUGUACAUGUACGUGUAUCUUCUGCUGCAUCCACUCACCUGUUCCUGCUUUCUUGGGCUCUUCUACUGGAGUGUCCAUGGAUGUGGAUGGCCAGCAUGAUUGUACAUGUGUGUUAAAUCGACUGGUUCGGUCGUUUGUUGACUGCCCCGUUGACUCAUUCAUCAGUUGAACUGUUUACGCAACGGCGUAACAGCUCGUCGUUUUGCCCCAAUGCCAGCUGGCCAGAGCGUCUCCUCAUUGAUCCAGCUGACCGCGACGUUUUGCCGCCCGUUGAUCAACAUGUCGCCCAAUCCAUCGGUCUGCAUGCAUCACUGCUCCUACAGCCGAACCCUCAUCCUGGUAGUCAUCCCAUACCCCGGUAUGGAGUAUUCGUAAUUAUAUGUAUCUGAGAACAUGACGUCGUCCGAUCCGUCGUUCUGCAUGCAUCACCGUUCAUUUGGUGCGUGCUUUUGGCCGUGAUGCCAAGACCUUAGGCCGGCAGAGCUAUCAAUGCCCUGCCACCACUGCUGCGUGUCGGUGCAGCCCCUGCCCAGUAGUUGUCACGUUUGUCCUAGCCUCAGUACCAUUGUCUUUCAUUAUUAUUUACGAGUUGAGUAUAAUUAUGAACAUAGUAAAAAAAAUUCAGCACAUGCUGGCUGGCUGAUAAUCGACCCAGACCAGUCUAGGCCUAAGGUUGGCCCGUUGCUACGUUUGUGCUGCCUCUCGUCCUGUCUGGGCACACGCUUGACUUUGUCUCUCUCCCCCUCUCUCUUGUAGUUGCAGGAGCUUGCCUGGAUAUGUACCGCUUUCUCUAUAUAACUUUUGCAUUAUUGCUCCAUUUCGUCUACCCAUGGAUCUGAGUUCUGAGCUGGCCCCUAAGUCGUAUCCAUCUGUCCCUUCUUCUUUCUACUUUUAAUAUCGGCUUGGAAUCUUAGAUUAGUGCGAUUAGUAGACACAUGCGUUCGUCUCCUGCAUUCAAAAGAUGUGUUUAGAUCAGAAUAGUGUUAGCUUCGGACAGCGUGUAUGACAACAGCCCUUGAUUGACUAGGAUUUUCAUCUUGCUCCGGCUCUAUGCGUUGAUUUGGUCCUGGGCGUGCUGCAACAAUGACGUGUGUAUAGGCCGUGCAGUGUGGCUGAGAGCACGCAGCCACGUGCUGCAUGCAGCAAGGGUUAGAUCGAGGUUGUUUUCCACAGACAUGCAAUAGUUCUAAAUACCGGAACAGGUGUGUGUGUGUGUGUGUGUGUGUGCGUGCGCGCGUGUGCGUGUGUGCUCGUGCAUACACGUGUGUCUCGUCUCGGUCAUAGGCAGUCUAGCCUAGGGUUUAAUUUUUGGUUAUGCGCAGGAGUAGGCCGGUGCUGUGUCUGAUGCCGUGCCGCUGAUUGUGCUGAAAUAUUACUACUGACUUCCUGCAGUAGGGGAUGUACUCCUUACUCCCUAUGUGUCAUGUCGUUGUGUUUCUCUCGGCGCACAUUCUAGUCUCUCUUGCUGGGCAGUUCAUUUAAAAUUGCGCUUGAAUAUCUCGUUUCUGAUGCUUUCUCCUUUUCUUUAAUUAAAACCUUUUCUGCGUCACACAAGUUUUCCUUGAUCCCUCCAGCUUGCAUUUCCUUGGUGUCUGCUUGAAUAUUGACUGAAGCGGUGAAGAUAAGAGAACUUGUGUAGGUGCAAGUAUCUGCUCGCCUUUGAGAAGACGUGUGACUCUCUUGUG